UUGAUAAUCAUUGACAUUUGCGCUAUUGGUAAAUAAUCAUAUUUUUAUCAUAACAAAUAUUAAAAUAAUAACAAAAACUAGAAACUAUCAUUUCAGCAAUGUCUGUAAGAGGUAAAUUUCGCCGGCACCGCAACCAACAAACCUUGUCUUCUGUGGCUAAAGAAACUGCAAUUUCCCUUCCCGCUGACAGCCCUAUAUUGGCGAUAUUUAAAUCCGCUGCUGUAAAGCUAAACGAUCGUCAAGACAGGCAUGAGCGUCUGGUCAAACUUUCCAGGGAUAUUACUAUUGAAAGCAAGCGGAUCAUAUUUUUACUGCACUCUGCUAUAACCAAAGAAACAUGUGAAAAGGCAGUUUCAGAAGCAAUCAUACGGCUUCAGAAAUUAGCUAAAGGUCCAAUAAAGAGUAUUGGCCUUGAGCUUGAAAACAUACCAAAUUAUUUACAUUGGCGUGCGGUCACUCCAGGUUUCCAGGAGUAUGUUGAAGCGAGAACUUUAUGCUCAUUGAUGCAGACACAGAACAUAAUUACUUUUAAAGAGACACAGGAUGAAUUUAUUUAUAAGAUAGAAGAUGAGACAAAUAACAAGGAGAGAAGUGUUGUCACUAUGCUGACUCAGAAUGACUACAUGCUGGGUAUAGCGGACCUCACGGGGGAGUUAAUGAGGAGAGCAAUUAACAGCAUUGCAAGUGGAGACAGCGAGGAAUGCUUUAGCUGUUGUCAGAAUGUGAGAGAUCUGUAUACAAGUUAUUUAGGCGUGACUGGGGGCAGUCGCGAGCUGGGCCGCAAGCUGGCGACGACGCGCCGCAACGUGGAGAAGGUGGAGUGCGCGGUGUAUGCGCUGCGCGUGCGCGGUGGCGAAGCGCCGCCCGCGCUGCUGGCACGCCCCACCUCGCCACACGCCUGGGACGCUGCCUCCGCACACUCAGACGACGAGGGCUUCUUUUAAUUUAACAUAAAAUAAGUGCUAAUAAAACUUGACUUUUUAUUC